AAAAAACUAACUCUUCACUUCACCUCCAACACUUUGAACAAAUGGCAAUGGCAAACUCUAAUGAGUUUAAAGCUUUCUCAGGUAACAACACAAAUGGACCACAAACAGCAACCUCUACUGAUCAGUUUAGAGCUCUCACCAAGGCUUUCUCAGGACUUGGAGUUGAUGAGAAGUCAUUCAUAUCAAUACUGGCAAAUUGGGACACAAAACAGAGGCAAAUUUAUAGGAAAAAUACUAGAGAAUUGUUCAAAGAGGAUGAACGUCAAUUUGAGAGAUGGAAUGAAGAACAUGUUCUCCAAAUUCGCCAAGAGUUCUUACGUCUCAAGGAUGCCGUGGUGGUGUACACAAUGCAUCCAUGGGAGAGAGAUGCUAGAUUAUUCAAGGAGGCAUUGGUGAAAGAAGCUCAAUUACCUCAUGAUCAACUUCAUAUUAUUAUAGAAACUGCUGCCACUAGAACUUCUGAGCAACUCUUGGGAGCAAGAAGAGCUUAUCAUUCCCUCUUUGAACACUCUAUUGAAGAAGACAUUCUCUCCCAUAUCCACAAUACUCAUGAAAGAAAGCAUUUAGUUGGUCUUGUGAGUUCAUACCGUUAUGAAGGGCCACAAGUCAACGAAGAACUUGCAAAAUCUGAGGCUAGGGAGUUUAUGAAGAUCAUUAAAGAUGGUGGAAAGAAGCAGCUUAUUGAAGAUGAGGGGGUUGUGAGGAUAUUAUCAACGAGAAGCAAGCUCCAUCUCAAGGCUCUUUAUUCCUAUUACAAGGAAAUUAGCGGCAACUAUAUGGACGUGGACCUUGGUGGCAGCUUGAUUUUAAAACAAGCAGUACAAUGCCUUUGUACACCUCAAACAUACUUCAGCAAAAUUUUGGAUGCGUCACUGAGACUAGAUGUGGAUGAGCCGGCCAGAGACUCAGUAACUAGAGUCAUUGCUACAAGAGCUGAUGAAGAUAUCAAGCAAAUUGCUGAAGAAUUUUACAAGAGAUUUGGAACUACUCUCACUAACAAGAUUGAAGAAAUUGCAAAUGGUAGCUACAAGGAGUUCUUACUUGCUUUAGUUACAAAAUCAGUCUAAUUUCAGAUAAUAUAUAGUAGAGAUGAAUCAUUAAUAAAAGUAUAAUGUUUGUGUUUUAUGUUUGAUGAUUGUAUUUCCCUUCGCUAUCUACUUUUGUGUUCUUUCUUGGUUAAGACACAUGUAUUUCCUUAUGUUAAAGAAUUUUAAUGUCAAAAUAAGUAUUGAAUCCUUACA